AUGGCGGAACAAUCAUCACCACUGCCUUAUGAAUCUGCUUCCUUCGGUAUUACGGAGUCUACAAAUUCCGAAAUAGUCACUCUGUUCGAACAUCUCCAACAAUUGCAGCCUAUGGAUAAAAAUGGACCAAUGAGCGGUCGAUGUGGUCCACAAACUGAACAAAUGGAAAAGUUUCUCAAAAACACAUUUGGCUUUCAAAAUAUCCUAGGAGAAUAUAUUGUUCAAGGUGUUAAAGCAUUCCACUUGGAUAAACGUCCAGAAUCGAUGUCACUAGAUGAAAAGAUUCAAUUUCCUUCUGACACUGCUGAUUCAUUUGCCAUGACUGUUAGCGAAAUUAUUGACUGGCAAAGAUCUUAUAAAGUUUAUGCAGAUCAACAUAUCAAAGGUAUGACUGAAGAAUUUCUUCAAAAAGCUUUACGAGGUCAAAGCGAAGAUGGUGAAGAAGCUUUUCGUAUGAAGUUUGUUGUUCGAAUUUCAACAUGUCCUAUCCUAAUGGAGUUUGAUGCCAAAAUUAUACCACGUAAUCUAGAUGAGGAUUGGCCUCAUCGAAUUAAACUUGUUUCAGUCACUGGUAUUGAUUUUGCUGGUCGAAAACAUGAUGUCGAUGAUAUUCUCUAUUUUAUAUCGAAUUGGAGAGACGUUUUCAAAGAAGAUGAAAAAUCAGGUAUGCCAUUAGUAUAUCAUAGAGAUUUUAUACCAAAACCCAAUGGAUCUACAGCUAAGCUUUGUGAAGAACGUCUUCGAGAAAGUCUUACGCGCAUGGUUAAAAUACGACUACGAGCAUGUGAUGAAGAAGGAGUACAAGUUCUCGUUGAGACAGGUAUUGGACUUGGAGUUUUUUCUGGUAGUGAUAUUGGAAUUGAUGGAAAAGUACGAGCGCAUUCUGCAAAAGCUAUUCGAAGAGUACUCGAAGAAGAUGGACCAUCAUAUAAAAAUAUUCGUGCUAUCGUAUUCGCUUUACCUAUAUUUAAUAGAGGUGAAUCAAAUAACCGUAUUCCUAAUACUUUCGAUGGUUUCGUAAAUGAAUUUAAAUCGAAAUAUACUGGUUGUAUACCUGUAUUAAUUGCUGAUCAAGAUAUGCAUCGAUUAACUGUUGCUAUUGCUCGUGCAGGUUUCAAUGUUUCUGAACUAAAUCCAGCCGAUUCACAUGGUGUUUUUGGUGAAUACUGGCAAAAUCGAGGACCAGCUGUAGAAGAAAAGCUUGCUUUAACCACUGUUGGUCUCCUUGUUCAACAUCAUCUUAUUAAUCCACACGUACUUAAAUCGGAAAGCUACCAUCUAUUAGAUGUAAGUGAGGGACAGAUCUUGGACAUGCAUACCUCGUUUUUAGUUGACAAUAAACCUGUCCCCAGUUGUUGUGUUAAGCAAUAA